UUCUUCAAACAGUUCUUAUCACGAUUCGCAACACAGCUCCAAUAAAAUAGUAACGGCAACAGUCAUUUGCAAUCACCAUUAUGAUAGUUAUUUAGCACUUUAAACACUGUGCAAAUGAGGUAUUGUUGUUACCAGCGGGAGACGUGACACCUUCAGGCACAUGGAUAGAUCCACCAGAACCGUAAAUAUCUAUGUUUCUUCACAAUAGGUCUCUAGGGCAGAACUCCGCCGUGGCAAUCACUGGUAACAGAUAAUGAGUUCAAUGUAUGAUUGCCUGUCACCAAAGGUAUAAAAACUUAAUUUUAGCACACUUUUUGCCAGUUCUAAUUCAAUUUCAACACGUGCCAUUAUUUCAACCGUCUGCGAAGGAAAUAACAUGACAGUCUUCAUCGUUAUAUCCAUAAUUAUAGCAGUGAUCUACGUUGAACAUGGAAACUCCAAGCAGCUACUGAUGAAUAUGGAAACGUUCGAUACCGCAUCCAAUGAGAUUGAGGAACGCAGCGGAGAAGCCAUGCGUUCCAAUCGAACCGUUGAACGGAUUAAUCUAACACUUCCAGGUACCAAAUGGUGUGGGCCGGGUAACACUGCUGAUGACUAUGACGAUCUGGGAAAGCACGAGGAAGAGGACAAGUGCUGUCGCGAUCAUGAUCACUGUGACAACAUUCCUGCUGGAGAAACGAUGCAUGGGCUGAAAAAUGAUGACUAUUUUACAAGACUCCACUGCAAAUGCGACAGAGACUUCCAGCAGUGCCUGAAAGGUAUAAAUACUACCUUGGCGAAUCGAUUAGGUGGUUUUUAUUUCGCUGUACGCGACAAAUGUUACAAGAAACAGUACCCCAUAGUUGAUUGUGGAGAGAAAAAGAACAUGUUAUUCCUACGACGAUGCGUUCGGUAUGUUCUUGACAGCUCAAAGGAUCGUGAGUGGCAAUGGUUUGAUCUUCCAUUCUACGAUGACAACAUGAUGGUGGACUUAUAUUGAACGACAAGCGUUCAGAAAAUUUAAAAUAAUUAAAAUAACUUUAUUUAAACAUAUGUAUUUAUAA